AUGACCUCGAUCGGCGAGCUUUUCCCGAAAUGCCGCAAACUUGCUUACGACGCCCGACAACAAGUUGCACAGGUGCAACAGGGGGUCGUCAGCGCGACCGAUCUGUACGUGCUGCUGGAAGAAUUGUCGCGCCAAUUGAAUGCUAUGGAGGAACUUGUGUAUCGUGAAACUCCAGUACAGCGCGAUGUGUGGAAUCGCAAAAUUGCCGAACUUCGACACGAAUGCACGCUGCUCCAUCAACAAGGGACCCAAGCCGCCCACUCCGCAUCCCGCUACCGUAAUCCUUACGGACAAGAAAGAGACGAAUUGCUAAGACGCCGAAGGCGCAGAGGUAACGAGUCCGAUGUCCAGGACUUGUCGCAAGAAUCAUCUUCCUUGGAACAAUCGCAAAACAUGGUCUUUGGUUUGAUUGAUCAGGGACAGGCAUCUUUAAAUGGACUAAUCGAACAACGCCAAAGACUUCGGGGUGUCAACAGGAUGGUUUUUGACAUUGGCAAUCGUCUCGGCUUAAGUCAGUCCACCAUGAAAAUUAUUGAGCGGCGAGACAUUACCGAUGCAUAUUUGGUAGCCGGAGGCAUGAUUGUUACGAUUCUUGUCAUUUACUUCGUUUGGUUCUAG